AUGUCACCAAAACUGUCGAAACCGUUAUCACCGGGAGAUGUGAUCACUCAAGACAUGCCAUUCAUUCACGUAUUGGAUGUGGAAUUCAAAGGGAAAUAUUGCGACAAUUGUCUCAAACAAUCGGAUCAAUUGAAGAGAUGCUCGAAAUGUCUUUACAUGUAUUACUGCAGUAAAGAGUGUCAGAAGAAUGACUGGAAGUAUCACAAGAAUGAGUGCAAACUCUAUGGCAAUCAUUUGAUUCAAAUGAUGAUUAACGAUAAAUUUGGUGCCCUUUGGUUCCGACUCUACCUUUCGGUGCAAAAGAUCCCAACGUUUGCCACAAAAAAGUACCGAUUGUUUGACGGAUCGGAUGUCAGUCUCAGAGACAUCUCUGUGGAUGUCUCGGCUGCGAGCGAUGCUAUGAGAAGUCAUUGUCAGGAUAUUUGUGAGAUUCACUGA